AUGCGAUUUCCGGUGUGUUUCUAGAAGCUUCCUGCGUGUGACCUCCACUUAAGGAAAGUUGUUUAUCUGAUUUAAGGAAACUUUUAUAAACUUUAAUGAUGGUUCACGAAAGAGAAGAGAUCGCAGAUGGAGAUCCUGAGGAUAAAGCUGAAGAGGAGGAGGAGGAAGAAGAGGAGGAGGAAAUGGUGGACCCUUUAGAGACGGUGAGACAGAGGUGUGAGGAGACCGAGCACUGUGUACACACACACCACAGGCUGCAGGAGUGUGAAGCUCGGGUGAACUCACGAUCACACACGGUGGAAGACUGCACUGAGGAACUGUUUGACUUUCUCCAUGCACGGGACCACUGUGUCGCACAGAAGCUCUUCAGUUCAUUAAAAUGAGCCCUAUUACACCUCACCUCAGCGUUUAGUCUUUAAAAAGGAAUCUUUCAUCUUUCUUUGUGUUGAUGACUCAUUGUACAUUUCUAUAAUAAAAAUAUGGACAUGGUUUGCAUUUAAUUUUUAAUCAUCAAAUGAUCACGCUGUAUUUAAAGUGUAAACGAGUUCUCUCGUGUUUGACAGUCCACACAGAUUAGUUACAGAAUUAAAAAGUAAUAUUAACAUCAUA